UUUACCCCUUCUUCGUUAAUGGCUGCCAUCAUCUCUUCCUCGAUUCCUUCUAAUUUCAGGAUGAAUCCAAUUUGUUCAAAAACACAAUUAGGGCACGUGCGGUUACAGACACUGUCUGUGUGUUCCUGUAUCCAAAUGAUUGUUCCGUUUUCAAAACGUAGUUGUAGGCUAUAUUUGGUACCAUUCGAUGCAUUACAGUGUGGACUGAGAAGUUUUGGCGCGGAUAGCUUGUCUGGCGUCCGAGGUAGAUAUCCACGGAAACAUGUGAUUUCAGGUGUUUUGGACCCAGAAGUUUUGCAGAGGUCCGACAUUGUUAGUGAGACCCACAUGAAAUCAUCUGGAAGCUUAAAUGACCUCGAAGAGCAGCUUCAGGAAUUAUUUAAUGAAGUGAAGACCUUAAUUAAAUUGGGGAAGAAUGAUGAUGCAGUAGAUUUGCUCCAAGCAAAUUAUGAAGCUGUUAAAGAACAGGUGGAUUCUGGUGCUCAAGGCAUUGAAGAAGCUGCUGCUCUUGAUGUCAUUGCUUUGGGUUUCAUGGCAGUUGGAGAUUUGAGGACUGUGGGAUCCACAAUGGAUAUGUUGCACAAGAUUGUGAAUGCUUUAAAUGAUGAGGAGCCGCUUAUUGAUUCAAUACUAAUGCAUAUGGGAAAUAUUUAUGCCAAGUUGGAAAAGUUUGAGUUGUCAAUAAACUUCUACCAAAGAUCCCUGCAAAUUAUGGAGAGGAAAUAUGGAACUAAGAGCUCAUUACUUUGCACACCAUUGAUGGGAAUUGCAAAAGUGCUCGGCUCUAUUGGCAAAGCCAGUGAGGCUACAGAAACAUACCACCAUGUUAUUAAAAUAUUGGAAUUAAGCAGAGGGGAAGGCGAGGAGUUGAUAGUACCAUUAAGCGCAUUAGGUAAUCUUCUACAGAAGGAGGGAAAGGCAUCAGAUGCUGAAUAUACAUUCAAUAGAGUACUAAACAUCUAUAUAAGGUUAUAUGGGGAAAAAGAUGGAAGAGUGGGAGUAGCUAUGUGUUCGUUGGCCCAGGUGAAAUGUGCAACAGGAGAUAUAAAUGAGGCAAUUGAUCUAUAUAAAAAUGCUAUGGAGAUCCUUAGGAAUUCAACACACAUGGCAUUGGACGACCAAGUUAUGGAGAAGAUGAGAAUCGAAUUGGCCGAGCUACUUCAUGUUGCAGGAAGAGGAGCAGAAGGCCGAGCCCUGCUGGAAGAAUGCUUGUCAAUAUCUGAAAAAUCCAAAGGAAAACAUCAUCCCAGCUUAGUCCCCCAUCUUGUAAAUCUUGCAACUUCCUAUUCUGGCUCGAAAAAUUUCGGCGAAGCUGAGCGCUUGUUACGGAUAAGUUUGCAAAUAAUGAUGAAGAAUGUGCCUCCGGAUGACCCAGCUAUUACCUUCCCAAUGUUACAUUUAGCUGUCACUCUUUACAAUCUACAUCGUGAUGAAGAAGCUGAAAGUCUUGCUGCAGACGUACUACGCAUCCGUGAAGAAGCAUUUGGAAAGGAAUCUUUACCUGUUGGAGAGACCCUAGAUUGCUUGGUGUCCAUUAGGAGCCGAAUGGAUAAGGACGAUGAUGAAUUGGUGGAGCUCCUCAAGAGGGUUUUGAAAAUUCAGGAAAAGGCCUUUGGCCCUGAGAGUGAAGAGGUUAUGGAAACAAUGAAAAAAAUUGUACAUUACAUGGACAAAUUGGGGAUUAAAGAUGAGAAGUAUCCUCUGCAGAGGAGACUCUCCAUACUGAGGAACAAACACAAACACAUGGUCAAGUAUUAGUCCCAACUCCCAAGUUCCAUACUAUACAUAUUUUCUUGAUGCAUAUGAGCCUAGAACUCUUGAUUUUAAUGAUGUGAUCAAGCUAUGUGAGGUCACCGAUACGAGCCACCAAAUCUUUGAGGUUGAGUAAUGAGUAACAGGGCGUGCGAUGUCUGAAGAUAUGCUAUGCUCACCAGUGACUGGGCUCUGAAAUAUUGCCCUUGAGCUCACCAUAUAGUGCAGUAUCUUAUUGGCUUGAGCUGUUUUUCUGAAGCGAUUCAAGAGUAUGCCAAUGUUGCCUCAUCUUCCGCAAUUUAUACAUCUGGUCCACAAAAGACGAAUAUAGGUAUUUAUGGUUCUCUCUUUUUUCCAUUUUCUGAAUAUUCUAACUUGCCUUUUAUAAAAGGUAAGAGAUUGUGAGAGGUGCAUUUAGAACUAAAUUAUCUGCUACACAUUUUAAGUUUCUCGAAUGGAAAAUAUAUUACUGUGGA